CUCUCUCUAGCGGAGGAGGCUGCUGCAGCAGAAGCAGCAGGUGGCUGCCUCUUCCUUCCUCGGGCGCUCCUUCUGCCCUUGCCUCCUCUCUCUCCGCGUGUGUGUGUGUCCCUUUCCACUGCGGAAGGGGCCAUGGGCGAGGCGUCCCGCUCGAGCCAGGGCGCCGAGGUGGGCUUCUUGCGGGAGCAGCAUGGGUGCGCGCCACACUCGGAGGAGGAGGAGGAGGAGCGGGGUCCUGAGAAGUCCCGGGUCGAGGCCGUGGCUGUGGUCCGGGAGCACGAAGGGGCGGUGAUGAAGAAGAGGUUCCGCCAGGCGGGCGCUGAGGGGACACCUGGGGAAGGCGACGUGGCUCAAGGAGAGGAGGAAGAGGAAGGCGAUGGGGAAGGGAGCGAGGAGGAAGAGGAAGAGGAGGAGGAGGAGGAGGAGGAAGGGAACCCCCCGCUGCUGGUGUCCCAGCUGAAGAGCCUCUUCCAAGGGGAGCAAGGGGAGGCGCCCAAGCUGCCCCAGGCCCGCCACGCGCCGCGGGGCCACCCGGAGAAGCCCUGCAUGCUGCCCGUGCGCUGCCCGCCGCGCGCCCCCAAAAGCCCCCGCCUCGGCCGGCCCUCGCCCUCGCCCUCGCCCUCGCCCUGGCCGCCUUCGCCCGCCCCCUCGCGGAGGAGCUUGCCCCGCUCGGCCGAGGCGGCGGAGGCGCUGGACUCCACCGAGCACGAGUGGCUGGUGCGCGCCACCUCCGGGGAGUGGUCCCCGCAGCUCCACGGCCUGCUGCUCCGCGACCGCAGCCUGGCCAACAAAGGCGACUUCCUGACCGGCUUCACCGUCCUGCACUGGGCGGCCAAGAGCGGGAGCUGCGAGACGCUGCGCAAAGUGCUGGAGGUGGCCGGGAAGGAGGGCGGGCGCGUGGACGUGGACGCCCGCUCCCACGGGGGCUACACGCCGCUCCACAUCGCGGCCCUCCACGGGCGGGACGAGGCCGUGGCGCUGCUGGUGCGCGAGGGCGGCGCCCAGGUGGGCCUGCGCGACUACAGCGGGAGGAGGCCCUUCCAGUACCUGCGCGAGGGCGCCUCCUUCGCCGCCCGGCACCUCCUCCGAGACCCCGCCCUCCACGCCCGCGCCCACCCCCACGCCCACGCCCACGCGCCGGCCCUCAAGAAGAGCCCCAAAGUAGCCGCCUCCAUCCUCAGCUCCACCAGCACCGUCCUGGGACUCUUGUCCGACGACACCGCCUUCUACGAGCUCACCAAAGGCCUCAAGAAGCCCGCCUCCUUCAACAAGUUCCUCACGGCAGCCACCGCCCCCAGGAGGAAGCUCAAGGCCAGGGCCACCUUCUCCUCCUACUCCUCCUUGGCCGAGGCCGUGGCCGAGGAGGAGCCCGACGACAGCACGCCCGCCACCACCACCAAGCGCAGGCCCAUGUCCGAGUUGUUUUUCGGACACUAGCCUUGCUCCUGUCCCGUGGGAA